CAGCAGAAACAACAACAAAACUGCUUACACAGUCAUAACGAAUGGCUCGGACUUGAGUAGCAUUUUAUAAUUAUAAAAUUGUGUGGAUUUUUUUUAAAUGGGCCGAACCAAUGAUAUUCAUUGCCACUUCAGUUCAUUUGAUUUGAGUGUAUGAAAAAGAACGGCCACUAUCGAUGGUGACUGCGUAUUGUGAAUAAAGCGCAUCAAAAUCUGUCGAAAACGAAUUCAAAAACAAUUUCCAAACAAUCGACACUUCAAUUGUAUCAAACGAAUUUACGUCGACUGAUUUAUUUUAAGGCUGAGAUUUCGACAUUCUGUUUACUCGAUUUAAAAAAUUUUAAGUGUGAACGAACGUGAAUGAAUUUGACAUUAAAUUAUCUGAAUUAAAACUGUGAUUUUUUUUCUCUCCAGUAAAUGCAUAGUGUGCCUAUUGUUAUCGUUUCAUGUAAAUUCGGCGUGACAUCAAUAUCCAAAUCAAAGCAGAUUGAAAUCGUAGGUGGUGUAAAGCAAACAAACAAAAAAGAGAAGAAAAAAAGUCAAAUUGUUGAAAGGUGAAAAUAGUCAAACAGAGAGAGUCAAACACUUAUCGAUAAAAGUCAUCUUCAGUGCUAAGCAGUAUACGAUGUAAUAUAUACACACAUCACACAUAUAUUAUGUCGUUUGUGUUUGAAUUCGUAAGAAAUUUUAAGUGUUGCUAUCACAAGCAAUACACUGAAGAUCCAUACGGUGUCGAAAACGGAUUCGAUUGACAACAAAUGUCUUGCGCAUUCCGCCUUCGAAACAACGCGCCUUUUAAAAUCGCUAAAUAUAUUGAUAAACUGUGUGUAUAUAAAUUUUAAUCCAUAAGUGAAUGUAAUAACAAAGCGCAAUUCAAUUCAAGCAGAUAGUUUAAAUCAACAUAUCGUCGUGUUCACUCUGUACGGUUUUUCGUGCUCGUGUCUCUCGUAUACCGUGUCUGAAUUGAAUGAAGUUUUAAAAUUCUAAGCGAGCGGGAGAGGGAAAAAAUCAUCUCUGGUGCCGGUUUUCUGCACGCAAGUUUGGAUUACUGCGUACAUGGAGACAAAGCCAAAAAAAAAAAACACUAAACAUUUGAAUCAUUUGAUUAGUGACACAGACUUAACUAAGUGUGCUUGAUAGUUUCGUAUCGUGUAAAAUAGAAAUAUUCCAAUAAAUUGAACAACAUGGAAGUAUAUACAUCGGACAGCAGCGAUAGUGAUUCGCACGAACAGAAAACGCUCGAUUAUGGUCGAUUAGGAUUGACAUCUGAAUGUUUAGAAGAAAACCUAAGCCAUUUGCAUAAAAUCAGUAAAUUAACCGACAUCGAAACGGUCUUACUCAAUCACAAUAUGAUUACAACAUUGCCAUCGCAAACAUUGAGUCAUUUCAAUAAUUUGCAUGUGCUGGAUCUCAGUUCGAAUGGUUUGACACAAUUGCCAGCGAAUUUGCUUCAAAUAUGCCCGUUGUUGACAAAACUCAUUUUGAAAAAUAAUUUGCUGACAAAUAGUUCAUUGCCGAAAUGCUUUAAAUCUUCAAUCAAACAGAGCGGUCUCAGAGAGUUGAAUUUAAGCGGCAAUCUACUCACACAUUUUCCAGAUGCAGUACUCGAACUCAACAACUUGAAAUAUUUGUAUUUGGGCGCAAACAAAAUCACCAGCAUUUCAAAAGAGAUUUGGCGAUUGCAAAGUUUAAACGUAUUAUCUCUGGGUGGAAAUCUUAUUGCGGACGUACCCGACACCGUAGGAAAUCUUCAACAAUUGCAGGCACUGACUUUAUGUGAUAAUUUAAUUGAAAUACUGCCGGCCAAUAUAGCACGUCUUACCAAUUUGAAAUCAUUGCUUUUGCAUAAAAAUCGGCUUCGUCAUUUACCGCGUGACAUUAUAACAUUGAAAAAUCUAGUCGAACUUUCGUUGCGAGAAAAUCCAUUGGUUGUACGAUUCGUUCAGGAAAUAUCAUUGCAUCCACCAAGCUUGCUUGAGCUGUCGGCACGAGUAAUUCGUACAGCAAGCGUUCCGUUUGAACCACACGAAUUACCGAAAUCAAUGACCGACUAUUUGAAUACCGCGCACUGCUGCGUAAAUCCAAAGUGCAAAGGUGUUUUCUUUGAUAAUCGCAUCGAGCACAUUAAAUUUGUUGAUUUCUGUGGAAAAUAUCGCAUUCCACUGCUACAAUAUUUGUGCUCAUCAAAAUGUAUUGAAGGAGUGAAUCGCAAUACCGAGCCACAACCAAGCUCCAGUUCAAGCGCUAGUGGUAUCAUGAUGAGAAAAGUUUUAUUGGGUUAAAAUUGGAAUAUAAAAGGAUAACCGGCUAUAUAUACGCUAUCGAUAUCAAAGAGCAAUAAAAUUAAGGCAAUCAACUAA